CAUCAUUAUUCUUCUUCGACUCACAGUCUCACAGUCUCACUCAUUCCCAAUUUUGUUGUCAAUCACCCAAAAUUCCUUCUUUUAAUUACUACUAAAGUAGUAGCAGUGUAAAAAUUUAAAGGUUCGGGAAAUUGGGAUUUUAAGGAGAAAGCAGCAGCAGCAGCAGCGAUGCACGUGAGCCGGCCAUCGGUGCAUCCGGUGGAGGCGCCGCCACAGACGGCGCAGAACGUGCCGAGAGCGAGGAUGAAGGACAUACAAGGCAUGCCUGGUACUUGUGGCGGCUUCGCUUUGCGUCUCUUUCAGUUCAUCUUCGCCGUCAUCUCUCUCCUCGUCAUGGCUUCGACCUCCGAUUUCGCCUCCGCCUCUGCCUUCUGCUACCUUGUUGUUGCUGUUAGCUUGCAAAGUUUGUGGAGCUUUUCUCUGGCAGUUGUUGAUUUAUAUGCCAUUUUGGUGAGACGAAGCUUACGGAACUGCAGAGUUGUCAGUUUCUUCACCAUUGGUGAUGGGAUCACAUCCACUCUUACAUUUGCUGCUGCAUGUGCAUCUGCGGGCAUAACAGUACUCAUUGGCAAUGAUCUUAAUAAAUGUGCCAUAAACCACUGCACAAGGUUUGAGACUGCUACAGCUAUGGCUUUUAUGAGCUGGUUUUCCGUUUCACCUUCCUUUCUACUGAAUUUUUGGUCGUUGGCUUCCCGGUGAAAUUUUGGCUAAAAAUCCGUAGUCAGCAAAUGCUUUUGUGCUAUCCUUGCUGGGCUUUUAUUUUUAUUUUUAAAUUUCUUUUUGCAUUUAUAGUACACCAUGUUUGGAGAACUGAUUUCUCAUACUUUGUAUAUAGGUAAAUUAUGCUAAACUUUUAAGGAAGGGAAAAAAAGUAUUUUAAAUGCAUUGCAUUUCACUCUUUGCAAGUUA